CCUUCUUGCGUCUAAUAAACAAAUAGUAAAUAUGUAUGUAACAAAUUUCAUGCCUUUGGUGUAGUCAUUUAAAAUUACUUUAAUAUCUUAGUUUUUUCGCCGCUUAAUGAAAGAACAGAAUUGAAAAAUGUUUGACGGUGUCGCAAACAUCUUCAUAGAAUCGAAUCGAAAUGUUUGCCGUCUAUCGGCCUAUCGUUUAUUGACAGUUAAGCGCUGUAAAUAUCUUAAACAUAUAAAUAAUACAAUUUUGAUUGAUCAUGGCCUCCGCCGGAACUCAGACAGAGAAAAAGCGUAGGGUAACGCUUCCUGCUUCGACACCAUCAGAUAAAAGUAAAGACACAAAAACAAUUUCCCAAAGCGAAAACAAUGAAGAGACAAAGAGAAUUUCUGGAAACGAGUUUAAAAAAAAAGAGCCCACACGAGAGAGUCCUGAUGAGCCGGUGCUCAGAUGCCAAUUUGAAGUGUUUGGGAUAGUGCAAGGCGUUUCCUUUCGAAUGUAUACCUUACGAAGGGCCCAGAAGCUCGGAGUUCGCGGGUGGUGUAAGAACACUACCGAUAACACUGUUAAGGGCGAAAUUCAAGCACAUAGACACUCCUUUGAGUCCAUGCGCCUCUGGCUAAAGCAUACCGGCAGCCCCACCAGUCGAAUCGACAAGUGCAUCUUCAGUGAAACGACUGAAAUCCCAGAGUUCACAUUCAGCAACUUCUCAAUUGUGGUGGAUUAGUUUGUUGUAUAAGGCGAUUUCAAUUCUAUUAUUUUGUCUUACUAACGGUUAUUUUUUGUUUGCAUAUGAAUUACAAAUUGUUUUAUAGUUGGUUGAUAAUACGAGUUAUAACUUUGGGGGAUCAACCUUUUUUCUACCGCUGGGAGUAUUAAUAGGUUAAUGGAAAAAAUCGAACAGUUG